AUGGAAGAGACAAGAGGCGCAACCAACCUUUCUCUGUUGAUGCUGCUGUUUCGUCGAUUUUUUCUCCUUGCUCCUCGUCUGCAGCUCUACGCGAGGAGUGAACCCGGGGAGCCGCCCGAAUACUGCACCGUCUUCCACCACAUGGUGAAAAGCGCGGGCUCAACCGUCAAGAGCUUGCUUCACAGUGCUACACGCAAGGAAGGUCUCCCGAGACCAGUCUAA